ACCUGUUUUGUCACUUUCAGGUGGAUGACUCUGGGGUGGGCCCCAAAAUCCCUCAAGCCCUGGAGAAGAUACUUCAGCUCAAGGAGAUCCGACAGGAGGAGCUCAUAGCUGUGCCCAGUAUCACAGACGAUGAGAUGGAGACCGAUUUGAGAGCCUUGGGUAUGAUCUCUGCUUCAGACGCUGAGGAAGACGCUGCAGCCCUGUCUAAGAAAGAGAAAAACCGCAAGCGUCGGAACCGGAAGAAGAAGAAGAAGCAGCAGGAACAGCAACAGCAGCAGCAGCGAAACGCCACCCUGAAAGAGAGCCCCCCCACUCAGGAUGCCAAGGAGGAGUCUGGAAACGAGGCCUCGGUGGAGAUAGAGUAUGUCACAGAGGAGCCGGAGAUCUACGACCCCAAUUUCAUUUUCUUCAAAAGGAUCUUUGAGGCUUUCAAGCUGACGGACGAUGUCAAGAAGGACAAGGAGAAAGAGCCGGAGAAAGCCGAUAAGGUGGCCAGUUCUGCCCUGCCCAAGAAGAAAGGCUUUGAAGAGGAGCGGAAGGACAGCGAUGACAGCUCAGACGAUGAGCAGGAGAAGAAGCCGGAAGCGCCUAAGCUGUCCAAGAAGAAGCUGCGCCGAAUGAACCGUUUUACUGUGGCUGAGCUCAAACAGCUAGUGGCGCGCCCGGACGUGGUGGAGAUGCACGACGUGACCGCCCAGGACCCCAAGCUGCUCGUCCACCUCAAAGCCACCCGGAACUCGGUCCCAGUGCCCCGGCACUGGUGUUUCAAGCGCAAAUACUUGCAAGGCAAAAGGGGGAUCGAGAAGCCGCCCUUUGAGCUCCCCGAAUUCAUCAAGCGGACAGGGAUCCAGGAGAUGCGGGAAGCCCUGCAGGAGAAGGAGGAACAGAAGACCAUGAAAUCGAAGAUGAGAGAAAAGGUCCGCCCGAAGAUGGGCAAGAUCGACAUCGACUAUCAGAAGCUGCACGACGCUUUCUUCAAAUGGCAAACCAAGCCCAAGCUGACUAUCCACGGGGACUUGUACUACGAGGGAAAGGAAUUCGAGACGCGUCUGAAAGAGAAGAAGCCCGGAGACCUGUCGGACGAGUUGCGCAUCGCGCUCGGGAUGCCUGUGGGGCCGAACGCCCACAAAGUUCCUCCUCCGUGGCUGAUCGCCAUGCAGCGUUACGGGCCGCCACCCUCCUAUCCGAACCUCAAGAUUCCUGGAUUGAAUUCCCCUAUACCUGAGGGAUGUUCAUUUGGGUACCACGCUGGGGGUUGGGGUAAACCCCCGGUCGAUGAGACCGGGAAACCUCUGUACGGAGAUGUCUUUGGGACCAACGCUGCCGAAUUCCAGACCAAGACGGAGGAGGAGGAGAUCGAUCGGACGCCGUGGGGAGAACUGGAACCCUCCGAUGAGGAAUCCUCCGAGGAAGAGGAGGACGAGGACAGCGAUGAAGACAAGCCCGACGACACGGGGUUCAUCACGCCGGCAGACAGCGGGCUGAUCACUCCCGGCGGCUUCUCUUCGGUGCCGGCUGGCAUGGAGACCCCCGAGCUUAUUGAACUGCGUAAGAAGAAGAUUGAGGAGGCCAUGGACGGGAGCGAGACACCCCAGCUGUUCACCGUUCUGCCCGAGAAGAGGACGGCGACGGUGGGCGGGGCCAUGAUGGGCUCCACGCACAUCUACGACAUGACGACGGUGAUGAGCCGCAAAGGGCCGGUGCCCGAGAUCCAGGGGGUGGAGGUGGCUCUGGCCCCCGAGGAGCUGGAGUUGGACCCCAUGGCCAUGACGCAGAAGUACGAGGAACACGUCCGGGAGCAGCAGGCGCAGGUGGAGAAGGAAGAUUUCAGCGACAUGGUGGCCGAACACGCGGCUAAGCAGAAGCAAAAGAAACGGAAAGCUCAGCCCCAAGACACCCGGGCAGGGGCCAAGAAGUACAAGGAGUUCAAGUUCUAGCCUCAUGCCGAAGCGUCGCCUCCGUUCCUGUUUUAUUUUUAUUUUUUUAAAUAUUGUGACCCUCUUCUGUUCCUCGGGCCUGCACCUUGCCGUUCCAGCCGAAAUCCGCCCUCCCCCCCAAUCCCCAACCCCCCC